UAAAUAAAAAAAGUGUAAAUAAAAAAUUACAAAAGUGUAAUAAUGUUCCGGCAAAUUUGAGUGAAAAAAAAAAAAAAUAAACAAAUAAAUUCAAAUGUCUAAACAACCGGCUUACCGAAAUAACUUAAUCCUCUACCAAGAAGACAAUAAAAAAUGAUAUCUAAAUUGCUCGUCUCAAUUUCAAAAUCGAGAUAAAAAUUGCCGAGUUUUAAAUACGAAAAAACCCAACUAUGGAAUUGUUGUAAUAAUUAAAAAAGAAAUAAAUCAAAGCUAAAAAUUGCGAUAAAAAUAAAAUUGGGAAAUGAAUAUUGAUCAAGACUGGAGAAUGGUAGAACUACGAACAACCGGAGUAGCAUCAUCAGUGACCCGGGACCGUCCUGCCACCCGGUACAAUGUCCAUUACACAGUUCUAACUAUUCUAGACGCCAUUUUUUCGGCAUUUGUCGCGGCGCCAGCGGUAGUAGGUUACUGGCGAGGAACCUGGAGCUUAAGUGAUUUUUAUAUUUACCCUGAGGACCCGUUCUGGAGCAACGCAACCUCGACAAUAGUCGGGUACGGCGGGCUAUUUUUCUUCAACGUAAUUCAGCAUUUUCUCAAUGAUUUUUUGCACCCGGACAAGCAUCGUCUUCUUUACUACUUCGGGUCUCGGAUCUACACGGCAAUCUUCGGGUUUUGUUGUGUCAAUGCUUGGCGAGGAGGCUGGCAUGUUUUGCAUCUGUACACCGAACAGAAUCCUAAUACUGUAAUUGCAACAACUGUUUUUGCACUUGUUGCGCUCGGGUUCAUGAAAGGAAUUAGAAAUAUUUCGGCUCCGCCGUUUUCGCUCAGUCUUGAUUCUCAUCCAGGGUACUUUGAAGUACCGACCAUGUUCAGAAUCGAUAAUACCAGAGAUUGGAUUCUGUAUGUCUUGGAUUGCCUGUUCAGCGUUGGAAUCGUUGGGACACUUGUUGUUUUUGUUUGGAGAGGAAUUUGGGUUCUUUUAGACUUACAUUUAUUCCCGGAUAAUCGGGAAUAUUCAUCCAUUUGUUCACUGAUAAUUGGGUACGUGAUAGUAGCAAUAACAUUUUGUCUACAACCUGUGAUGCGCUAUGCCUGUAGUCGAAUCCAAGGACUCCCUCGACUCCUGGCCGCUGAUGCAUUUCUCCUGCUGAGCUUCAUUGGAACAGUCAAUGUUUGGAGAGGAGUCUGGAGCAUGCUGGAUCUGUGGUUUAUUCCAGAUGACCCGGAGCUCUCCUGCUGGAUAACUCACGUGGGAUGUUUCGUUUUUCUUGGACUGCUAAAUUGCAGUAACUCUAUUUUGGUACGUGGAGUCUAUAUUGAUGCUGAAGAAGAAGAAGGACGGUGUGUCAUUUUUCCAUGUCAUUAUUUGAGAUUAUUCUUUAAGAUUGAAAGAGAAAAAAAAGAAGCAAGACGUCGUAAUUUAAUGAGCAUACCCCGUGAUUUCACCGAGAACAAUGGCAAAGACUUAGAAAGUGGAGCGCUUUUAAAUUGUACAACUUUGCCAACAGUAAUACCUUCGUCCCAAGAUCAUCUGGGGUAAUUAAAAAUGAAAAUCUGA